AAUUCCUAAAAAUAGGACAACAGGGUAUUUUGAAGUAGCAGACAGCAGAAAAUGGGCAACAAUGUUCUAUUUUAUGUACCAAACGUUAUAGGAUAUAUUCGUCUUCUUUUGUUUGGGGCCAGUCUUCCUUUUUACAAUCAACCUGGAUGGUUUUUGGCUCUAUAUGGUACAUCUGUGAGUCUUGAUGGAUUUGAUGGAUAUUUUGCAAGGAAGCUUAAUCAAACAUCCAGGUUUGGAGCGUGGUUUGAUGUUGUUAUUGACUUAAUCAGCAGGGGAGGACUUUGGUGUUUACUUAACAAGUAUGGAUAUUUUAUAAUAUUGGUGGAAUGGCUCACCUUUGUUGCUACUCACACAAGGGGACCAAACUGGAAAGCAACAGAUGAAGAAUUUCCUUAUUUCUGCAAACUUGUAAUGGCAAAUGGUUUCAAAACUCCUUUAGGGUUUAUAGCUAUUUCUGGUGUACAUGUCCUUCCCAUAGCACUGUAUUGUCAGCAGUCAAACUUUCUACAGGACUUUUCUAUAAUGACACCAACUGUGUUCAACUUUGUCAUCCUCUUCCUAGUUAUUGGAAGAAUCAUGGCAUUAAGGGUAGAGGUAUUUUACAUACAGAGCCAUGUAAAAAGUUUGCUGUUGGAUGAAGAAAAUUCUUAGAAAAAGAAGAACAUCCAAACUGAUCUUGGCAUAGGAGGAUAUUUGAUGUUUUUUCUUCUACAAUUUAUAUGUACAGUAUUCAUAGCAAUCAUAUGACAUGGAUAUUCCGAUAUGUACUGAGGUUUCAUCCAUUUUCAUUGAAUCCCAAUUCUUAAUGCUUUUCAUGGUUGUGCAAGCUAGGCCACAAAAUGAAGUCAUCAGCGAAGCUAAAAAAAAUUGCCAUAGAAGAAGUUUUAUUACUAAAGCUCAAAUGAUAUUGCAUUGUAUAGAUUUCAUCCAGGCCUGGAUUUCUGAAAACAAUCUCAAGUUGAAACUCAGACUUAAGUCUGACAUUUUACUCAAAUUUUGACUGUUCAAAUAAAAGAAAACUCAAACUUAAGUUUGAGAUUUUUUUGAGAAACUAUUUCUUACAAUUUGGGACAAUGUUUCUUUUCAUAUGUAGCCUGGUGACUUAUUCCUUGGAUCUAAAAAAUAAACAAAAAAAAAAAAAAACAAAAAAAAAAAAAAACAGAAGACAACAGAGGUUACAUUUCAGAGACUAUUCAUUUAAAGUUUCAUCACUAUCUAUAUCUCACAUAGUUUUUGAAAUGUUUGCAGGAAAACAUGUCUUACAAUAUGUGACCUUGUGACUCUGACCAUUGGCCUCUAACAUAAAAAAUAAUCCCCCAUAAACAAUUUGUGGUUGUUAUCCAUUAGUUAUGGACACUCUUCAUGUAAAGUUUCAUUGCUAAAGUUCAAAUAAUAUUUGAGAUUUCAUUCAAAACCAAGUUGUUACAUACACUUUACAGAUCCAAAAUUAAUCACGUGUUCACUAAUUUAGGGAACAUCACAUUCAGCCAUUUAUCUAUUCAUUUUUAGUAGUACAAAUAUUAUUUUUUACACGGUAAAAUGCAUAGUACCAGUACACGAAAAUUAUGAUGUACAAUCACUAUUAUUGAACAAUUAUGAUUGAACAAACUAAGAAAUUUGAAUAAAUGGUACUUAGCUGUCCAUGACUUCACAUACCAAUGAAAUUUUAUUUUUUGUUAAACCCACCAAAUUUAAUGUUAAAUGAAACCAAAGUACUUGCUUUAUUUAACAAAUUAAUCCAUGUCAUGUUCUAAUAUGGUAAUUGAAUUUUGAUUGAUAAUACAUGUUUUUUUGGUCUUUAGGCUUGCCAAUCAAUGUUAAAAGUGGAGCGAAUUAGGACAUGCCUUAUUCGUCCAAAGAACUGAUCCAAAAUCAAAGUUUUUGGAUCAGCUCUUCUGACGAAUAUAAAGGCAUGUCCUAAUUUGCUCCACUUUUAACAUUGAUUGGCAAGCCUAAAGACCAAAAAACAUGUAGUCUGCGUUGUAAAUACGUUUGUAGAUUAGUGUAGUUGUAGUGUUAGAUGUAUUUAUAUGUAGUUUUUGUUAUUAUUCUCUGUUGAUAUUGGCCACAUUAUGUAAUUCUUUUCGUUUGUCCUGAAGAAGGGACGGGUUGUCCUGAAAAUUUGACAAUCUGGUUGUUCGUGUCGUUGGUCAUUUUAGUGCUUUGUAUAUUUUUUUGUAUUUGACCUUGAUCCAUGUUGUGGAUCCAACUCUUUGAGGUAUCGGGUGUUGUUGGAGCUUUAGUGCUUUUAUAUAUAUAUAUAUAUAUAUAUAUAUAUAUAUAUAUCAAUACAGUGCUCCCUCAAUAUAUUGCCCCCCGUUAUAAUGCCACCCACGUUUAUUGCCUGAAAAUCCUACAGAACAGAUUUCUCCCCAUGUUAACAUCCCUGAUAUAAUGCCAACCCCACAUAAUGCCAUAUGCCACAGAUUUUCACAAACAAAUGAUCAAAUUUCAUAGGGUUUAUCCUCAAUAAUAAUGCCAAUUUACCUAACACCCAUCAGUAAUCACACUUGUACUUUGAGAGCACUGCAGUGAAGUGUGACAAUCUAAACAAGGUAUUCAGGUGGUCAGAUGAAUUACAAUAAUUGCUGAAUUAAACUCAGAUUAUUUAAAUAUUUAUACAGAAUAGAGCCCAAAUUUUACACAAUUUAAUUUCUUUUGACUGCCCAAUGAAUUGUCUGUAAUGGUGAAUAAUAUUGCCACCCCUGCUUUAUUGCCCAAAUUCAAUUAAUUGGUUGAGAACAAAAGCUGGCAAUACAACAGGGGAGCACUGUGUUGCAUUCGAACAAAGAAGAAUGAUAUGCAAAUGAAAACAAAAUUUUGAAGUUAUGAAUUUAAGGAUGACAAUAUAAAGUAUCAGUAACUAUUUUGCCAUUCUUUGACUGCCAAAAGACUUUCAGUAUGACGAUAUUGUGUAGGAGAGUUUUGUUGGAUUUUGUGUGUGUGAAGCUUGGGUAAUUUAAAGUUUCUUUAAUCUUGUAAUGUUUAAAUAUUUAUGUUUUUUAAAGAAACUGUUGCUCAUUCCUUUGUGAUAGAAAUAAUGACUUUAAUGAUUCCAUGCUUUAUGACAAUCCCACCAUAUAUUGUAAUACAUCAAACUUUUUACAUUUCUUACAUGGCAAUGUAGCGAUUGUUUUUGCUCAUCUACAAUUUUCAUUCCUUGGUGAUAAGAAUAAUGACUUUAAUGAUUCCAUGCUUUAUGACAAUCCCACUGAAUAUUGUGAUAUACGAUUUUUGUUUUUUACAUAAUCUUACAUGGCAGUGCAGGAUAAUGAUUUUUUUUUUGGUGUGAAUUAAUUAUUGAUUUUUUUUUUUAGAGUUAGCACCCAUGGUAGCCCUUAUAAAUGAUAUUAUGUAUGUGCAUUAUAUUGAGCUUAUGGUUAUAAUUAUGUAGAGUUUUUAAAAUAUACGGUAAGUCUUGAGGUGAUUUCUUUAGACAACUGAUACUGUGAUUGAUAGUUGUAUUGUAUAUUGUAGAUAUUGAGAUAAGGAUUGAACAUGGGCACUGUUUUAAGACGUUGUAUUUAUAAUGUUUUAUACAAAAUAGCAGGAACAUGAUGAACAACCAUGACCAGGGUAAUUAUACAUUUACCUGUGUAUUUUCUUGUUUGUUAUCUGGGUACGAAUUGUUUAAACUUUAUACAUGAUAGUUAUAUGUAGAUUUGAUGUGAAUUGCAUUUAAUUAAUAUACCAAAUACAAGAUGUAAAUGAUGAAUAUGAUUCCUGUGAGAUGUUUGAGGAAAGUUAUUUAUUUAGAAUAUCCAAGGACAUUCUAAAAAUGAUUCAUGGAGGAGUAUACCAUUAAAAAAUAAUGAAAUUUCAAUGUAAACCAGAAGUAAUUCAUGUAAACGAAAGCAAACACUAUUGGUUUUCAAUGAUUUUGUUGUUGCACACUUCAUACUUGUAAACAAGAGGCCCAGGGGCCUUAUAGGUCACCUGAGUAUCAUGUAACAACCUUCCAAUGUUUGAAUUAGGUUUGUGUUUAAAUAUAAGAAUUUUACUUUUGGAUGGAAGAAACAUUGAAUAGCUAUGUGGUCAUGAAGUACAUGUGUCAUUUUUAUGUUCAAUCAAUAAUCCUUUUUAAAAAACCUAGGUCUGAGACAUCAUAAAGAAAAGGGUUAUUUACUCCUUAGAUAAAACCAAUAUAAGAAGAUUUUCAAAGAAUUUCUACAUUUUCACUAUAUGACCAAUAGAGCCCCACCCUAACACAAGAACCCCUGCCCCAGGGGCCAUGAAUUUCACAAUUUUGGUAGAGGGCUCAACGCUCAUUAUAAUUAUGCCCACAGUUUGGCUUCUUGAUGUCCAGGAGUAAAGAAGAAGAUUUUUUAAAAUUACACUCAUUUUGAUGGUUUUUGCCCCACCCCUCAGACCCCAGGGGGGCAGGGACCACGAAUUUCACAAUUUUUGUUCCCCUCCACCCACAGAUGCUAUAUGCCAAAAUUGGUUGAAAUUGGUUCAGGGGUUUCAGAGAAGAAGCUGAAAAUGUUCAAAUGUUAACGCACGACGAACAACGACGGACAAAAACAGAUAGCAAUAGGUCACCUGAAUGAUUCAGGUGACCUAAAAAAUUAUGACUGACUAGUUUAAUAUUGCACUGAAAUAAUUACAUUGAAUAACUUGUCAGACUAGUUUAUUAUUGUACUAGAGUAAUUACAGUAUUUUGCUCAAUUCAAUUCUUUAUUGUCCUUGGGUUGUACAACUCAAUGGAAUACAUAUAGUGUAUAUAUACAGGAUAUCUUGUGGUUGGAUAUGAUUAUUAUCCAACAAGUUGUGUUUUCUAUCCCAGAGCCUAGGCAAGUUUUUUAAGAGUUCUCUAUAUCUGAAAAACAGCAAUUUGAUCAAUAUAUCAGAAAAAUCAUCUGAAGACCCACAGAGUACGGUAUAUCUAAUAUUGAAGCAUCCUCAUGUAGUGUAGAUUCAAGAUUGUUAAAAGCAGACCUUCAGAGUAAUGGAUAGGCCAAAACAGGAAACCCACCAUAAAAUGGCUGGGGCAUACAGUGUUGCCCUUUCCCAUUUGCUGAUCUUUCUGUCAUUCCAUCAUAAAUGUGGUUGUAUUUGAUGUAUUGUUUGCUGUGCCCAAAGAUACUAGAAUAUAGCUGAUUAUUGCUCUGACUGACCCACGUUCAGCAGAAUUAUGGCCCUUGAGCUUUGAAAAUUUCACAAGAAUUCCGAGUUUUCGAUUUUUUUCCCCUCACUACUUGCAGAUAUUUGGAUGAUUUUUGUUUUGUAGUUGUAUCUGAAGACUUACUUUCAUACCGAUUGUUAGGCCGUUCUUGGCACUCUGAUUUUGACUAUGGAUAACUUUGUUUACUUGAUAAGAUAUAGGGUUCACAGCGGAUGUGACAAGUCGACAGUGGAUGCUUACUCCUCCUAGGCACCUGAUCCCACCUCUGGUGUGUCCAGGGGUCUGUGUUUGUCCAACUAUCUAUUUUGUAUUGCCUGUGGGAUUUAUGAGAUUGAUCACUGCUCGUUAUCUUCACCUUUCAGCAAAGUUCUGGCCCUUUCCAUUACUUGACAAUUUUCCAUACUUAAAUUUCUAAUGUAGUUGUAUAUUGAAGAGUUCCAGAUCAAGAUUAAGUUUUCUUUCAGUUGAAUUGCUUUCAGUAAUUAGUUCAUCAACUUUAACAAAUGGUGACCUGAUUUUUCAAGUGUAAAUGUGAUUAGGUGUGUGUCAAACUUGACUUUUGUUCAUUGGCUAUACACAUUUGUUCAUUGGGUAUACACAUUUGUUCAUUAGCUAUACACAUUUGUUCAUUGGGUAUACACAUUUGUUCAUUGGUUAUACUGGCUAUACACAUUUUUAUUAGUCUAACAGGCAGAACAUUUGUAUUGUAUCAAGUUAAAGUCUGCUGAAAUGGUGUAGAUUGUGAACACGUGUGACGUUUCUGACAUCUCAAAAAUAUAUUUUUCAUCUCCUCAAUAUGAAGAGUUGUAUGAUUUUGGAAAUAGGUUUAAAUUUUAUAUUGUAGUAAUAUUACCAUACUUUGUACAUCGGACUAGGUAGCUCAGUUAGAUCACCAAACUAGUAAUACUAGGGUUUGAUCCCCAAUUGUUCCAAAGAUUUUUUCUCCUUCUUUGCUCUUGUCCAUUUAUAGAACUUGCUGUAAUACAUGAGAGGUGACUUUACAUUUUUACUUGCAACAACCAGGGACUAUUAAAUGGUCUUUAUUUAAAGAUCCCCUGGGCCAGUGUGUUCACUCUAAGGAAUUAACUUUUUAUGGUGCAUAGGGAUGUACAUGCAUAAGAACAUCUACAGUAUGAAAAGAUGCUCAAGAAAAUCUUUAAAGAUUUUCCUCCCAAAAACAACAAGUACAGUUUGUUAAAUUAGUAUAAAACCAUCCUCAUAUUAUGUAGAUUCAAAUUUGUUCAAAGUGUGAUCCCCAUGGUUAAAACAGGGGGUUAAAGUUUUACACUAUUUGUGCUCCCAAAUUUUUGAGUCUUUAUCUCUGUAUAUAAGGAAGUUAACUCGGGUGGGCAUUAUGGCCCAUGGGUCUCUUGUUUUAAAUGAAUUUAAAACUUAUACAUCUUCUUAUUCAUAUACAAUGCAUAACAAAUUAAAGCAUUCCACAAAUUUUAUACUUUUGUGCAAUCAUUAAAUUGAUCAAUGCAAGAUAAAAGUUGGUAAUGACUAGAACAGAUUUCUUUUGCAUGGUUUAUGCAGAAUAUGAGUAAUAUUAAGUUAUUGUGCAGCAUUCAACCAUUACCAAUAAACCUGUUUGAACAAUGUC